GUAAAACUCGAUAUAUGCUUUGUCAUAUACGGGAACGUUUUGUAUCUAACUCGGUAGACAACAACAGUGUUAAAUCCGGAGGCCCAGUUCGAAAUAAUCAAGCGUCCAUACGAUGAACUUAUUCUAUGAAAAUGCUUUAUUGCGAGAUGUAAUUUAGCUCUUUGUCCCAGUAUUGUAGGUACGGAUUGAAAAAGGGCACUCUUCCCUUGCCAAUUCAUCGCGGCUUUUACCUAGGUAUUAUAAAUCUUAUUAAGCAGUACUCGCAAACAACGAGACGACACGGGAUUCCAGAAUUGCAAAAGCGAGAGGAUUGAGCGACUAUGGGAGACGUACUUGGACCACGCACUACCCACACCCGCGACGGGAGAAUCUUAGAAGAUUCGCUAGCGUCAGCAAUAUUCGAUACAGUGAGAUGGGCCGUCGAUAUACAGGAAUCACUUGAAGAUGUAAGAGGCAAUACGAGAAAGCUCUUUUGGUGGUCCUCUAUAUUCGUCGUGGUCUGUAUUGGCCUUUUCAUCGUGGCCUCGCUUGUGCGGUUGGGCUCGUCAAUCGACAAAAUGAUCCAAUAUCAAGAACUCUUCCGGAGGAUGUGGGACGAGGACAAGGAACGUGCAAGACGAAGAGAGCAGAGAGCAGAAAGGUAUGCUAUUUUCGGGGCGGGCCAAGGCGAUGACUACGACGACGACGAUGAAGAGGGUGUAGGUACGUCCUAACCGACAGUACCUAGAUAGUGUGGUUGAAAGGGGCUCGAAUCUGAGGGUAUUUUUCUAGUGUGUAUAUAUUGCAGAAGUAAUCCAUCUUUCAAAUUUGUUAUGAGGUGUCUGAAAGAGUGUUCGGUUGAGGGAUAUUGGCGCUAGGAUACCGCCCUGUGUAUCUAAGUACCCAGGUUAGCUACCUAGGUACCGAAUAAAUCGAUUGUCCACUCAGAUCAGGAUAUAACUUUUGCGGUACUAGGAAGUUGAGGUAUCAGGUCCUUUGGUAUUCUUUCAUAACAAAUGAAUAAGUGCCAAGAUUAACAAC